UGCUACACCGGUUUUCCUUUGGACUUUGCCAUCCACAAAAUGUUUGAAUCUCCUUAAAGAGAGCAAGAAACCCUUGACGCGGCCUGAAUUGUUUCGUGCGAUGUUUUAUUAUUUUGUACUUUACUUCUCAAUUUAUUGCAAUUACACCAACACAUUUUUCUAGGGGUGUGUGUGUGACAGAGAGAGAGAUGUCUACGGUUUAUUAUGGAGAUGCAAUAUGCAGAGAGAAGAUGACUUCGUUGAUGACAGAAAUGGGUUUGCCUGAUUGGCUGAUGCCCCUCCAAGAUGUACAAGAAUUUAGGUACGAGAAAGAAACUGGCUAUGUGUGGCUUAAACAGAGGAAGAAGAAAGUACACAAAAUUGAAGAAAUAGGCGGUAGGCUCAUCUCUUAUGACACUGUCAUCACUGCCUAUAUUGAACCCAAGAAGAUCAGGAAGCUUACAGGCGUUAAGGCGAAGGAGUUCAUCUUUUGGAUCACCUUGGAUGAUAUUCAUAUUGACACCCCUUCAACUGGUACAAUCACCCUCAAGACUCGAAGCGGCAUAACUAAGAGCUUUACAGCGUUGUACAAUAAUCAUUGGCGAGUGAUUGAUCGAUGCUUUUUGGAACAGAAGGUGCACAAUUUGUACAGUUUGAUCAGUGUUGAAGGAACACAGUUGGCACAGUAA